AUGGCUUAAUAAAUACAAUAAAAAUCUGCAAAAAAAGUAAACUUAAAUAAUUUUUUAGUUGGUACAUUUUUAAGUUUUGUAACAUAACCUUUCGAAGUUUUAAGAACAAGUUCAAUAAUAAAUGCUAACCAUAAUCAAGGUACAGGUUUUAGGAGUUUAAAAUAUCAAAUAACUAAUAUAUGGAAAACCGAAGGGAUAUAAGGAUUUUAUAGAGGAGGUCUUUUAGCCACUAUUAAAUCUACAGCCUCAUGUGGCAUAUUUUUCACAGGCUUAGAAAACAUUAAAAAUAUUUUUAAUACAGAAAAUUAGUAGAGUUAGAUAAUUAAAUAAACAUAUAAUUUUUUAAGUGCCUGUACAGCAAAAUUUAUAACCACUUCAACACUUUGCCCUAUUAAUGUUUUAAAAACACGUUUUGAAAUUGCUGGACAAUAAGAAUAUAUGUCUAUAUUUAAAACAAUUAAAUUAAUAUCUAAAGAGGAAGGUUUAUAUGGAUUUUAUAGAGGAAUUAUGCCUACUUUACUAAGAGAUAUUAAUUGGAGUGGAGUUUAGUAUGUUUUAUAUAAUAUGUGUUUAAACUCUUACUAAAAUUUAGUUUAAGAAAAUCCUUAAUAGAAUCAUAGCUUCAUUUUUAUUUCUGGAGCUUUUUCAAGCGGGCUUUCUUUAUUAAUCGUGUAUCCUUUUGAUAAUAUAAGGGUAAGGUAUUAAGGUACAAAAAAAGAAAGUAGAUCUUUCUCUAAAAUGCUUUAAUAUAUUUAUUAUGAUUAAGGAGUAAUUGGAUUUUAUAAAGGCUAUUUACCAAGAUUACUUAAAAAAUGCAUUUCUGGAGCUCUUCUAUGGAGUAUUUAUGAAAAAUUAAAUUAUAAAAAUGAUUCAAUAUAAAUAAAAAUUUGA